AUGCACCUUCAACAAUCCGAGCAAUCAGUUCAUGUAAAACAAUGUGAGCACUCAGUUUCACUGGCAAAGGAUAGUAUAGCAAAAGUUCCCACAAUAAAUGUAACACAUAAAGGAAAUGAAAAAGAAAAGAGAAUUUCAACACAUUUAAGUAUGCAUGAUCUAACAAAUGCAAAUGCAGCAGCCCCUGAAACUUGUAAAGAACUACUACAAGGAAUCAUUAUAGCUGACUGGAGUUCAGAACCAGACUUAAUCAACUUAAGUAGUUCCAAGAAGUUAAAGUCAUCAGCAAUACCACAGGUGGCUUCUUCACAAAAUCUUCCAAAGAUGCAGUCAAUAAGCAAUGAGAAUGACGAUGAUACCAUAAGACGAAAUAAAAUACUUACAUUAUUUUAUAAAACUGAUACCAAUAAUGAUGGUUAUAUUAAUGAAGACGAAUUUUGUAAUUUAAUGAAACAAUUAGAUCCACAUAAUCAAAGUUUAAAUCAUAAAUUUGAUGAAAUAACUAAGACAGAUGAAGGACGAUUAACGUUCGAUGAGUUUUAUUAUUUUCUAUUGUCAAAUAUAAAGGAAAAGUCACCCACAGAUUCAUGUUUGAAUGAAUCAGACCGUACAGACCGUAUGGUACUCUUCAGAAAUAAACUUGAACAACAAAUAUCAAAUAAAUUAAACAAUGACGAAGAUUUUUCAAUCCGCAUCCAAAGUAUACUGGAAAGUGUUGAUGUUAAUGAAAUGACCAAACAUUUAGCAGACCGCUGGAUGAACUUUAAUGAUUUUGAAAGACUUGGACAAAAAGGUAGUUCAGUUAUGACCGGUGGUGAGUCUGCCGAAGAUAUUUUGCCGGGUGAAUAUGAUUUACUACAAUUAGCAUGUUGUUCAAUUGAACCAAAAUGUGCCAAAAUAAAAAAUGUUCGUUGGCUAUCAUGUGAUCAACCAAACGUAUCUGGUAUUUGCGCAUUUCCGCCUGAGUUUGAUGGUAAAAUUCCUGUCGAUAUAGCAACAAAUGAACAUUUGUCAUAUUAUGCAUGUUGUUUAGCAAGUAGUGCUGUAGACAUGAAAGUUUCACUUUCAUAUCGACAUUGUUUUCAAAAUUUCAUUUAUAAUGAAAAUUAUAAACAAGAUUAUGUAAAAAAAGAUGGUCACGGUGGAUUGGAAAAGCAUGCUUUUACACAUUUAGAUUGUCCGUUAGAAGAUGAUAGUGGCUAUUUUAUAUUAGGAAAAUUUGUUGGUGAAAACAAGAAUGAAUUGCAUUUAACGGCAUUUUAUAUACCAACGAAACACACACUGUAUGUUCCACCACUGACAAUUCACAGUAAUGAUUAUUUAAAAGGUGCAUGGCGAACAAUGUUGUCCGAUGAAACAAGUAUCGAUCAUGUUAGUUUAUCUCAUCAGCAUCGAUCUGACGGACAUGAUACAUACGAGCAUUUUACAUUUGAAUUUGUUCAAUAA